UCCAUCACCCGCUCUCCCGGGCGGCGGCGGCCCCACACGGCCGCUUCACCCCACGGUGCCCGGGCCGGGACCCCCAGUGCCCGCAGCGGGCAGCGGGGAGGGUCAGGAUGUCGGGCAGCACGGCGAGGAAGGUGCAGCCCUUCACCAUCAGCACCCGGCUCUCGCUGCCCAAGUGCGCCGCGGACUUCCCCGGAGACGCCUGCCCCGGCAUCGCCCUCGCCUCGGCGCUGGACAGCCACCGCGGCCUCCGCCGCAGCAUCAACGAGCGCAUCUCCCUCUACCUGGCCCACGCCCGGGCCGGCCCCGCCGCCGCCGCGGGGCAGCCCCGCAGCCCCAGCCCCGGGCAGGACGGGGGCCCCGACGAGGAGCGGCUGAACCGCAGCUCCCUAGCCCGCUCCAUUAAGAAGAUCACGCUGUCCAACUGGUACGGGGACGCUGGCACGGCAGAAGCAGGGGGACACGGGGACCCUGCCCGCGCCGGCGGCGAGAGGAACCACAACAACAACAACAGCAGGACAGGGAAAGCUCAGUUCAAGGUGUUCCUCAGGAAGGAUGUGGAUGCAGAGGACAAGCAGCAGGAGCCUGGGAGUGUUCAGGCCAGUGUUUUCUGCUCUCCAGUGGACAGAUGUUCUCCCUUGUAUGUGCUGGCAGCACCCCCGGUGUCAUCACCCCAGAAAGAGAGCCCCAAGGGCAAGGAGUCUGCUGCAGCACCAAGAUGCAGCGGGCGCAGCGGCGGGGGAGCAGCCCCUCUCCUUGACCUGAGUCCUCUGAUAGCCCAGUUCAACCGGGAGAUGCUGCAGGCAGAGAGCUGGGUGCGAGGCAAGCUGCGGGACCUGAAGGACGGCUGUGACCUCCAGGACUGGGAGGAGGUGGCCCAGACCUUGCAGAGGGACAUGAAGGAUUUUGAGAACACCCUGAUAAAGCUCAAUCAGAUGGGCGAGCAGCUGAUGUGGAGGGCAGGCCCCAGUGCAGAGGCCGUGCGGAGGCAGCUGCUGGCCCUCCAGGAGCAGUGGCAGCUCCUGAAGCAGACGGCUGCCAGCCAGAGCAAAGCCCUGGGCGGACUGCGGAGUCUGCAGGACUUUAACAGGAAAGCUGAGCGGCUGGAGGCAUGGAUCAAGCACAAGGAGGAGAAGCCCUCUCUGGCAGCCCUCCUGCAGGAAAGCCCAGAUAAGAUCCAGCUCACUCGCCGCAUCCUUGACUUGAAGCAGGAGGAGCAGCAGUUCCAGAGUCUGCACAAGGAGCUGAACAGCCUGGCCCAGAAGCUGGAGAAACAAGGCAAAAAUGAGAGCAGAAACAUCUCAGCCCGGCGCAAGCACCUUAACAAAGCGUGGCUGCGGCUGCAGGGGACCCUGAAGGAGCACCAUGAGGCUCUGCAGCUGGCCCUGGAGGUGGCCUCCUUCCUCCAGCAAGCAGAUAUCCUGCUCGGGGUCAUCCAUGCAAAGCAGAGCAGCAUCUGCAGUACAGGGAAGCCAGGGGAGGGCGAGCCUUGCCAGGAUCGGGAUGUCAGGGACAUUGCCAGCCAGGUGAUGAUGCUGGAUGUGACAGUGUCCCAACUCCUAAACUUGCAGCCCAGCCUGGCAGCCCGAGUCACCUCAAAGCACCGAGACGUAAAGGAGAGCUGGGCGCAGCUCCAGCAGGCACUGAGGACAGGGAAGGCUCCAGCACGGGCAGGCAGUUCCCCAGGGGGCAGAGCUGCAGCUCCAAAUGUUGAGCCUCGAGGAGACGACAGCAGUCACGGGGCUGUGGGUAAGGAAGCAGCAGCCAAAUGGACGAGAGGACUUGGCAGCAUGGUACCAAAAGAUGUGCUGGAGAAGAUGGCAGAGAACAAGAAAGGAGAGGAGAGCAAUCCUGGCUCCCCAGCAGUGGGACAGUCCCCUCAUGGAGGGGACAACAAAAGGAGGAGAGAGGCAGAGGCUGAGUGGGGGAUGCGGCAGCUGGAGACCCAAGUGCAGGACGUCUGCCAGGUGGUGAACACGCGGGAUCUGUCCCCGUACAAGGAGAGUGUGGCUAUGGGAGUCCCCCCAUGUCCAGCGGCGAGCCUGGAGGCAGCACGGAUGCAGCAAGAGCCCAGUGCCAGGGCUGUGCUCCUGGAGGGACCAGCACGAGGGAGGCCUCAUGGGAGCCCUCAGGUGGAGGCCAUGCUGCAGGAACUGGAGGAGUUGUGGGAGGACCUGCAGAGGAGACACCAGGAGAAUGGCGUGGUGCUGCAAGAAAUCGAUAAGGCCCUGAGGCUGGUGGGGGAGCUGGACCAGGCUGAGCGGUGGCUGCAAGACGUGGCUGGGUCGCUCUUGGAGCCAGCUGCCAUGAGAAGCCCGGCGGAGCUGCGCCAGGACCUGGAAGAAAUGAGCCGGCUGGAGAAGCAGCUCCUGCUCUGUGGCCUCAAGCUGCAGGCGCUGCGGGAAGAAACAGCAAGCGAGGCACCCACUGAGCACGAGGGGGCAUGGAAGAUGCAGAGGAAAGUGGAGAUGGUGGAGGAGAAGUUGGCACACGUGCAGGCAGCCCUGCGGCACCGGGCAGCAGAUCUGCGGGACUCCCUGGUGCUGUCUGAGUUCCUGCAGGACCUGCAAGAGGAGGAGGCACGGAGCCAGCAGGGGUCUGCAGUGCCAGGGAGUGGGCGCUGCGGCUCGCAGGGGUGUUUUCCCCCGCUCUCAGCCCAGGCUGAGAAGUCUCCAAGCAGUGAAGACAUGAGCCGGCCCUUGGGAGAGCUGCAGGAGGCUGUGGAGAUGCUGGAUGAUGUGGCGAAGGAGCGGGAGCGGGUCAUGGAGGUGGCAGCAGAGACGGAGAGCCUGGAGCGUCUGGUGGCAAAGAUAUUCCCACAGCUGGAGGCCCUUCAGUGCAGAGCCAAGGCGCUGUCUGAAGACAUUGCCCUAGCAGAGAAGGGCUUCACCACAGUGAAGAGUGAGAAGGACCUGCAAGGGCUGCAGGGCUUGCUAAGCUGCCAGCAGGAGAUGGAGCAUGCAGUGUCCCAGACCCUGCAAGGGCAGCUGGAGGAGCUGGAGAGGGCGGCUGCCCGCUUGCAGGAGCUAUGUCCCACUCGGCAGUGCCCCGUCAGCCAGGAGCUGCAGGAGACGCUGUGGGCCUGGGCAGGGCUGCGAGAGCUGCUGCGGGAGACCCGGCUCCGCGUGCGGCAGGCCAGCCAGCUCCGGCACUUCUUCAAGGAUUACUUAGCCAUGAUCUCCUGGACUGAGGACACCCGGGCUCAGAUCUUCUCUGAAAGCCCAAGCAGCUCCAGUAUCCCGCAGACUCCAUGUGAGGAGCUGGAGAGGAGAAUUGAAGAGAAACUCAAGGAGUUUGAGGCACUAGCAGCAGCAGGGCAGCAGCUGGUGUCUGAGGAGCACUACCUGAGUGCAACAAUAAAGGAGCGCUUGGAAGAGCUGCAGAGCAUGCUGGGCUGGGUGCUGGUGCGCUGGCGAGCACAGAGGCAUCAGCAGCAGGAUCUGGGGAGCAGACAGGAGGACAGGAGGGAGCUGGAGAACCUCUCAAGCACAUCCCCCACUGGUCAAGAGCAGCAUGCCUCACGUAUCCCACCCCACCUGGAAAGCAUCCACAGUCCAGUGAAGUUCAUCCCCUCCUCCCUCCUCGAGCCUGUGCAAAGAUCAGAGCCAAAGCUUCCGGAGAAAAAAGCCAUCUCCCCACCAACAUCACCCCUCUCAGAUGCCCCGUCAGGAGUGGGGCAGAGCUGGGGGGAGCCCAGCAGCAAAACAGCCCUUGAUGUGGAAUCCCCCAAGGAGGCUGGCACCUGGGAUCCUGCUGAGACCUCCACGCUGCUGCUGCCACCUCGAGGCUCCUGUGGUCUCGGGGGCACGGUCAACCUCAUCCUCAGCAUUGGCAAGAAGGGGGAGAAGAAGAAGGCCCAGCUGCCGGCCAGCAGCGAGCGGCCAGGCGAGGAGGCACUGCCAGCGCUCCCCGCCACUAAACACUCAGGCUGUAAAACCUUUUGGAAGCGUUGCCAGGGGCUUUUAGGAAACACUUGGGGUAGCUUAAAGCGAAAAAGAAAGCCACCACGCCAGCUGGUGGAAGAGGUGCAGGCGGAGGCCAGGAAAACCUGCACGGCAAAGCGGCCGCCCGCCGUUGUGCGGCGCCCUGCAGGGCCCGGCGGUGGCAUGGCGGCCGUGUCCCACACGCUGCCCAAGGCCGGCGCUGGCUGCCUCUUCAACAGCCUGCAGCGGCGGGAGCAGGCCCGGGCAGAGCAGGCCCGCCUCCUCACCCUGCGGGGCAUCAUGGGCGACAGCUCCCUGCGGCCCACGCCCGAGGAAUGCCACGGCCCCAGCAACACGUGGCCUCAGAAGUGUGGCUGGAGGAAGGGGGGGCCGGGGGCCGCUGCCGCCGGACCUCAGCUUGGGGAGCUGCUCCUCUACGUCAGGAACCCGCUGGUGCAGGACAUCGAUGCCGAGUGCGGGGCGGCCCCUCAGAAACCCUGCCUCCCUCACCCAAAAAUCACAUGCCCCCGUGUUUCUCUGGGCUCCGUGCUCAGCCUGGAGCUGCCACGGGAUGCAGCGGUCCUGGGCUGCCGCCGAGGGGCUGAGGCACGGCAGCAGGAGGCAGAGGGGCAGGAGCAGGAUCAAGGGGUUCGGUCGUGGAAGCUCACAGGCACACAGGGAGUUGGAUGGCAGGAAGAUAGGCACAGUCCCCAGGGGCCCAGCAAGAGGCUGGGGAUGUCCCCCAAGGGCGAGCAAGAAAGGUGGUUCGAGGAGGUGAGCUUGAAGCCCAGCUGCAGCCAGCAGAGAGCACACCGUGCUGGGAAGGAGCACUGGAGCCCGCAGCACCCCAGCAGCACCAGUAAAGACCUUCUGGACUUGAGGCUGAGCCGGCCAUCCCGUGUCGGCAUGGGGGAUGAGCUGGGCACCCGCUUUGGCCAGGACGACAGCCCCACUGCCUCUGGCAGGGCCAGGCAGUUUGAGGAAGAGGAGGAGGAGCUGCAGGCCAUCUGGGAUGGGGCACAAGAACGCCAGAGCUCACCAGGAGGCAGCUGUUCCAGCCACAGGAUGGGCAGCAGGGCGGGCAGCUUGGCCAGCCCCAGCGCCACUGCUGGCGGGCCCCUCAUCCUCUCAUCAGCCAACAACGUGCUAGUGGCCAAAUUCACCCUUCCCACUGCUGCCCAGCUGCUCCACAGCCCCUCAGGAGAGCAGAGCCCCGGGGUGGUGCACAGUGGCAGUGGCAGUCCCAGUGGGCUCAGGGUUUCCCCCCAUGAGGAAGAGCUGGUGCCUGCAGCCCCCUUGGAUGCCUCCAGUGCCUGGGAUCAGUGGAGGCAUCGGCAAGAGGAGAGCAGCAAGGUCCUGCCUGGUAAAAUGGAGUUUCAGAUGAUGGAGGGGACGCUGGAAAGGAAGCACGCCAGCUGCCGGGCCUGGGGCCUCUUCCACGCCGUGCUGAUGAGGCAGACACUGUGCUUCUACCAGGACCGCAGGGACAGCCUCAAGAGCUCCGUGGUGGCCCUUCCCCUGAACCUCUCCGGGGCAGUCUGCACCCCAGAUGCUGAGUACACCAAGAAGACCAACUGCUUCAGGCUUCAGCUGCAGGAUGGCUCUGAAUACCUCCUGAGGGCCCCCACCCAGUCCCUCAUGAACGAAUGGGUCUCAAAGCUGCAGCAAAACUCAGGUUUCCCCAAAGUGGAUUACUUCCAGGCAGCAGCACAGCGUGUCGAGGGCACUGGUGGUACUGGCAGUUCCAGCAAGGUCUCCAGCACUGGGACCUCCCACCUCCAGGGACAUCACCAGGUCACCGCUCCCAAGAGCCAGGAGAUUGUGGUGUUACCCUGUGCAAGCCCACUACUGCAGCGGCCUCUGGGCAGCCAGGAUGGCCCACUCGAUGGGACUGUGACAGCAGCAGAGAAUGCUCAGGGGGCUGGGCACAAGGAGCAGCAGUGGCCAUCCAGAGCGUCCCCUGGGCUGUGGGACAACAUCUGCCCAGAGGAUGACUACGGGCUGGUGGCCAACAAGAGGAGGUCCUACUCCUUCACCUCAGCCACGUACCAGAAGCUGAGCCCGCGGGCGGUGCCCCAGGAGGCGGCGGGGGCUGGGAGCAGCUACUCGGUCACGCUGUACAUCGGGGAGCAGGCUGUGCCCCGGGCACGCUGCCACUCCUUCGUGGCACCAACAGGGAGCCCCCGCGACGCACGGGGGGAGAAGACCACCAGCCCCCCUCGCACCAAGAACAAAUCUGUCUUCAAGAAGUUCUUUGGGAAGAAAGACCUCCACCUGCUGAUCCAGCGGAAGCCGUGCUCAGCCAGCCCCAGCCAGCGCCAGGGCUCUAAAACCCACUCCGGCUGCAGAGCCCGUAAGGUGGCAAAGCCUUUGCACCCUGGUCCUGCUGCCGUGGGAAAUCCCAGCCCUGCUCGGCACCAGGCAGCGAGGAGUCCGCAGGCAGCAUCACCUGGCACCGGGAGAGCUGAGCUAUCAAGGUGCGGCCGGUGCAUCUGGGAGGUCAAAGCGGGGUGCGAGGGGUGGGGCACGGCGGGGCCGCGGUCCGGCGGCCGCGGGGCCGAGGGCAGUCCCGGCCCGCCCGCGCGGUGCCCUUGGCGGGCGGGGAGCGCUAGGACCCGGCCUGCCGCGGCCGCCAGCGCUGGCACCGGGCGCCGCGGGACCGGACCGUGCCCUGCAGGCGGCGGCGCCGCGGGAAGGAGCCGGCAGCCCCCGGGGAAACGUGUAAGCGACGCGGCGGUGCCACGGCUGCCUCGGGUGCGGGACCGCCGCGGGACCGGGGAGCCUGUCCCGGGAACGCAGUAG